UUUUUUUUUUUUGAAGUUGCAGUACUUGAAGAUGCAGUAAAGUUGAAAGUAAGAUAUUUUGAUCUAAAGAGUCUGUGAGUAUUUUGGUAUUAAUUUGAUAUACUCUUCUGGUGCUUUGUUGGUUUUGGAGUCCUGGUGGAUUUCUUUCCCUGAUUCGUUAAUCAACCAGUCAACACUUUUGCUCACCAGAGUACUCCCUCCUCAAUUCCUUACCUUAGACUCCAACCCAUCACCUUCACGUAGAUCACCAGCCGCAAUGGAUCAAGCCUCAGAAAAGCCCGUGUUGUUCUUUGACAUUGACAACUGUCUAUACUCACGCAAUGACAAAGUCCUUGAGCACAUGUCCCGCAACAUCGACGAUUAUUUCAAGAAACAUCUCGGCCUCUCCCCAGACGACGCAGAGCGCCUUCACAAGGAUUACUCUCAGCAAUACGGCCAGGCGAUUGAAGGGCUUGUACGCCACCACCAAAUUGACGCGUUAGAAUACAACGCCAAGGUCGAUGACGCGGUCCCAUUGGACGACCUCAUCAAGCCCAACGCACAAUUACGACAAUUCCUCGAGGAUAUCGAUACUUCAAAGGUCAGACUUUGGUUGCUAACUAAUGCAUACGUGAACCAUGGGAAAAGAGUCGUGCGGUUGUUGGGCGUGGAUGAUUUAUUUGAGGGGUUGACGUAUUGUGAUUAUUCUCAGAUCCCGUUUGUGUGUAAGCCGCAUAAGGAAAUGUUUAUGAAAGCUAUGAGAGAAGCUGGAGUCUCUGAUGUUUCGAGGUGUUAUUUUAUUGAUGACUCUCAUAAGAAUUGUGUCGGGGCAAAGGAAGCAGGCUGGACUGCUAUUCACUUUGUGGAGGAUGGACUUCCUGUACCUGAUACACCAGCGUCUCAGCAUCAAAUUCGCCAUCUUGGAGAAUUGCGGUCAUUGUAUCCCGAGUUCUUUCGAGUUAGAAAUUGAUACUGCUGUCUCUAUCA